AUGAGUAAGAAAUUCAAGUCGCAAGCCUCGAGCAGCCGGGCUGCUUCCAGUCCUUUUGGCGCAGCAUCUUUUGGCGCCUUCACCCAAACAAACGUGGGUGCGGGGAAUGUGGUCUCAUCGCUGUCCUAUAUCUUUGAACCUCCGGACUUGUCGUUGCUAUCCCACCCCCAGGUAGUCGUUGCGUUUAAGAAUCUCUUAAAGAAAGACAGCACUACUAAAACAAAGGCUCUGGAGGACCUUCUGAACUUUGUUCGUGGCUCUGAAACUCAGGAAGGGAAGCUAGAAGAUGGAUUUUUGGAUGCUUGGGCCAUUCUAUAUCCACGUAUAUCGAUAGACGUGUCACGGAGAGUUCGUCAGCUUUCACAUACUCUUCAAGGACAUAUUGUAUCGACGACAGGAAAACGAAUAGCUCGUUAUAUUCCAAGACUGAUAGGAGCUUGGCUUGCCGGUCUCUAUGAUAACGAUAAGUUAGCUGUGAAAGCUGCGCAGGACUCGAUCAUCCGCGCAUUUCCCGCAGAGGACAAAAGACAAAGUAUAUGGAAAGUAUAUCAGUCUUCGAUAUUAGAAUUUGUACUUGAUGCCACAGUUCAGCAAACACCCCUGACCCUGAGUGACGAGCGAACCGUCCGACCAGAUGAGGCGAACGCAAAACAUGCCCGGGUUGUCGCAACUGCCUUUCAAAUGCUUCAUCGAUUACUUGUUAAAUCUCCUGGUGGCCAGCUACAGAAAGAUUCUCUUCUUUUGCAAUCAUUAUUUGAGAGUCGAACUCUGUGGAAAUUUGCAUGCCAUGAAGAUUCUUUUGUGCGUCGAUCUUUCUAUGAACUCUGUCAAACGUCUAUUUCCAUAAUUGAGGGAUAUAGUGAAUGGAAGACUAUAAGUACGCAAUUGCUUGCGAAACCCCUAGCCAUUGACCAACACGGGUCAGCAAAUGAGUAUUCUGGCCUUUUGCUAAAAUUAACACAUAAAAAUCCUCAAAUAUGGACUGAUGAUUACUCUGACAAAACUUCUGCCUCCAAACGGCUCGUCAAAUACAUCAAAAGAGGCUCUCAAGGUGGCUCAACUUUGUACUGGCAAAAUCUGCGAUGCUUGCUACAAUGCAUUCCAGCCGAAAUUCUGUUAGAAAACUCUCAGAAUAACAGUAAUGUAUUAGAGCCUAUUAACUCCGUCAUGGAAGCUUUUCUCGGGGGAAUAUUGAACAGAGAAGGAGCACGCUCAAAUAUUCCCAUCGCUUGGUCUGCUUUCGUUGAGACCGCUUCUUGGAUAUCCGACAAAAUAGAAAGAGUAACCGACCGCUUAAAGUUCACCCAGGAGUAUCUUCUCCCUAUCCCAGAGCACUAUGUUAUUUCGCCUUCGCAACAAUCCAAAUGGGCAAUUCAAGAUAAAUGCGCAGUGGAUCUCUGCACGCAAUGCCUAGUUUUCGCGGCCAAGGCCACCGGUUCUACUACCGUUUGUGAAUUUUGGACCAGGAUAUCAGUUCUAUUAUCGGAAUCUGUAAAGUUAUCCGCUCCAGCGCAAGCUCAAACCCCUCAAGCCUCUCAAGACUUGAUUUGUCUACAAUCAAAACAAUUUUUCAGUCUCCAGACCAAAUUUCUAAGGUCUGUAGAAGAAAAUAGGGAGCUCUCGUCUUACCUCCAAGUCUCCAAUAAGAGCACAGUUAAUCUAUUUGAGACCUCCCUUGAAGCCCUGAAGUCUCGGGAUGGCAACCCGUACGGAGCAGCCUCGGUUAUCAAGGAUGCUGUGAUAAACUCCCAAAGAUUCUUGUCCGAUAUAGAUUCAGUUGAAAUAUUCCUGGCCGAUGUUGUUCCUGAUCUCGCGUUAUCCCCGUCUUCUAAUCACCUAGUGUCUGCCUUGUUUGCAUGCCGGCAGCGAGAAAGCUUUCAGACAGGCCUGAAAAAGCUGAUCACCGCAUUCCAAAUGACUCCACUGACAUUAUAUGCGCUUUCAGGGUUGGAGACUUUAUUUUCUUUGAUAAAUACAGACGACCUGCGCAUACAUCCUAAGUUGGAAUCCUUAAUUAUGAAGAAACUGGAAGAAGCACUACAUGGAGAAAAACAGAUUUGGGCUAGCAUAGCCUGGACUUUUCGAAAUCCAGCAUUUUCCAAUGGCAUUUCCAGCCGUGUCUUAAGUUGCCUAGCAGAGAGCUUGUCGAUGGAUGAGGCGAUAUCACUAGAAGCGCUCUGUGGCCUUGCGGACAUCGUCACCUUGGACUGUGUUACAUCUUUUGCAACCGGCUCAGAAGGGUCUAGCUUGAUUUCAAAACUUUUAUUUCUUUCGGAAUCCCCAAACGAUGAAAUUUCACACCGCGCAAAUGCUUUACAGGUGAAAAUCAACCGUUUGAUUAACAGUAGCAAUAUGCCUGGGCCUACCGUAGGAAUCAUUGAAAAUAGUUUUGAGGAUAUUGAAAAAGAGCCUUUAUCCAUUGACGCUUUGGUUGCUAUCGCACAACAGAUUCUGGACUUUGCUCCGGAUCAAAAGGACAUUAAUUUAUCUAGCCUGUUUCCCAAUGAAAGCCAAUGGACCGCUGCCUUGAAGCCAUUUCUCCAAUGCCCUUUGCCGCCGUCGUUUUCCAUUAUGAGCUCUCUCGGCGGAGCCGUGUUUCUGGUAAACCAAGCACACCAGGAUACCGAUGUCGUCUCCUUACCCCGUGAUUCAAACCAGUUGCCUUUAGCUACUCGCUUGGCAUUAUUUGUGACAAAAUUGCUUGCGGCCACUUCAAUAGAUGAUAUGGAACCACAAUUGCAGCAGACCUUGUUCUUGUACCUUCCACUUGUGAUUCAGCUGGUUGAAGAUGACUUGAAUGUUGAAUGUACCACCACUAUGCUGCCCCUGAAUUUUUCUGAACUAGAUUCUCCGGAGAGCCGAAAUGAAUUUGUUAGUUUUGUUUCUGAAGGUCGACUCAGAAUAAAGCAGUGGAUCAAUAAGUCGAUGGCUUUUAAAAACUCGCCUAAUAAUAAUAAUAAUAAUACCGACAUCGUGACAUUUUGGCAUGCUCGUCUGGAGAAAUUACAAGGAAACACUCCAGAGGCUUAUCGACUAGCAGAUGCGUAUACUAGAAUAAUGGCCGAGAAAGAGAGUCUAGAAAAUAUUGACUUUGCUGAAUCCGCUCUUGAAAUGGCGCAACAGCUGAAUGGGAGCGCGAAUCCAUUCGUUCUACCUGCUGUAGUUGCUAGUUUCAAAGCUUCCCUGGCUUCGUCUCCCGCAGCUUUAAGACUAUGCAAUCAACUGGUUGCCCAAAUCACAGGACUUGAUGAACUUUCUCAAGUUGAAGGUCUUCAAAAACUCAUUACUCUCAAUGUGGUUUUGCAAGGAGAUGGCAAUUUUGUUGAGAAGAUUCCCACUCAAAGAUUAGUGUUCCUCGUAAAACAUUUGAUGAGAUGUAUGCAAUCGACAGAAUUUCCAUUAGAACAGCUGGCAGAAGCUUUCAAAAUUCUUGCUGCUGUCUUCCCGCAGCUGAAAGAAAUAUACGGGUCUCAUUGGGCAGAUUCAUUUACUAUCCUGGACUCGUUUUGGAAAAACAACAAAGAGUCCGAUGAGUAUCUUUCAGCUCUCCACGCUUCGCUACGUUUGUUCAACUGCUUAAGGAACCUUGCUAUUAACGAAAGUAACGACGACCUGGAAGACGCAUGGGUCGCUGUACAAAAGGGGCUCGUGGAGGUAUUGAUCCAUUUACUUUGCUAUCUUGGUCCACUGUACAAUCCUAAUGUGCCCUGGAACAUAACCAUCGAUCUUCUUGAUCGCCAAAUUAAGCAACUUAAUGUGGAUUAUGUUGAGGAUAUUAGUGGGCUCUUUAGCUCGCUUUCAAUUCGCAGUGGAGGAAUACAGCGUGCUGCCUAUGAUGUGUUGCGUCGAGUCAUCCCGAAAUCUCAAGAAACACUAUCUUUAGAUGUUGCAUUGUCCGGUGCUAUAGCGAACCUCCCAGACGAGCUGCUCUCUCUCCUUCUCGACGUCCCAUCUUCCGAUAUUCUGCUGCAACAUCCCAUCCACGAAGAUAACGAUGAUAUAUGGAUGGAUGUUCGCUGUUACCUCCUGAGCUGGAAGGUUGUUUUCGAUCACUUUGCUUUUGCAUCGCUACCUGUUCAAGAGCGUUAUUCUAUGAAUAUCAAGGAGAACAACUGUCUCGAUCCGCUUCUAGAUUUCACAUUUGAAAUUUUGCAAUUAUCUCAAGGAAGGCUUGUAGAUGCAUCUAAAAUUGACAUCCGCUCUUUUCAAUUAGACGAAUCAGAGUCCCUGGAGAAGGAAAUACAGUGGCUACUGACUAAUGUUUACUACCUUUGCCUGAGAUAUUUGCCUAAUCUCACUAAGACAUGGUGGGUGGAUAGUAAGAAACGUGUCAAAGGGCCUGUUGAGGGUUGGACUCAAAAAUUCGUCUCCCCGCUGGUCAUAGAAGAUUCUCUUCAAAACGUGGCCGAGUGGUUUGAUGCCCAAGAUUGGAACAAUGAAGAACAGGCCUUGCAGGUCAAGAUAUCCUACAAAGUUGCCGAAAUCGUUGCAAGUAUUGAAAUAGACGAAGAAUCUCCCGCCACAUCGAUUUCAAUCUCUUUACCACCCACUUACCCACUUCAGCCGGCUAUGGUGACUGGUCGAUAUCGCGUUGUUGUUGACGAAAGAAAAUGGAAGAGCUGGCUGAUGUCCAUUCAAGGCGUCAUCAUGUUUUCUAACGGCAAGCUCGUUGACGGCUUGCUCGCCUUCAGGAAGAAUGUCCAGGGCGCUCUGAAGGGCCAAGGAGAAUGUGCAAUUUGCUACUCCGUGAUUUCAGCGGACAUGCAGACGCCAAAUAAGAAAUGCGCAACGUGUAAAAACACGUUCCAUUCGGACUGCCGAAAUGGAGCUGGAAGAGCCUCCCGUUUUCGUGGGCGCGGAGGCGCCGACAAGACCAGUCACCCCUACGCCAAUGUUUCCGCAAAGGACAAGGUAAUUCAGCAAACCGAUUACGAUGCGAGUAUGUCUAGAUUGAGCGCAGUAGAAUUGGGAUACUUGGAUGAUCCAUUUGCAGGCAUUUUGAGUGGCAUUGGCCGUGAAGAUGCGCCUCGAAGACUCUAUACUGAGAGAGAAUUCUACUUUUCAGGGACAUACGUUCGAACCACCGCUAUUGAUAUUUUGAUUUCACACUUUUUGGCGCCACACGACUCAAACAUUACGAAAAGACGGCGGCAGAUAAUAUCACUGGGAGCGGGUACUGAUACCCGUGCCUUUCGACUGCUUUCCCAAAAAAAGAGAUUGGGAGCCACAGGUGACUUGGUUUAUCAUGAGCUUGAUUUCCCAACAAAUACUACGGCGAAGAUCAGCACGAUUCGACAAUCGCGGGCAUUGAUGAGUACGCUCGAAAGCUCCAUAGGAGGCGUGACAGAUGACCAGGGCAUCAAAAUAUCAGAAGCAGCAGAUGCUUUACAUUCCACAUAUUACCACAUCCACCCAGUUGACCUUCGAACCCUCUCCUCUCUACCAUCAUGCGAAACGAGAUUCGAAGGCAUCGACACGACGCUUCCUACCCUCAUAAUUUCCGAAUGUUGUUUGAUAUAUCUCUCUCCAACUGAUGCAUCCAACGUCCUCGCGUAUUUCACGACCCUAUUCACUACCUCCCAACCGAAUUCUUUGCCUCCGUCGUCCACGAGCCCAAUGACACCCCUAGCCCUGGUUAUCUACGAACCCAUUCGCCCACACGACCCAUUUGGAAAAACGAUGGUCACCAACCUUGCCACACGCGGCAUUCAUCUACAAACCUUGAACCAAUACGCGACCCUGUCUCUUCAAAAAGACCGGUUGCGAAGUAUAGGCCUGGUCGCGGGGCAGGGCGCGUCGGAUGUGGAUUUCCUCUGGGAGAAAUGGAUUAGUAGUAGAGAGAAGGAGAGGGUGGCAGCGCUAGAGAUGGUGGAUGAGGUAGAGGAAUGGAGGCUUCUGGCGAGGCAUUAUUGCGUCGCGUGGGGCUGGAGAGAGGGGAAAGGAGAUGCUGAGAGCCAAGAGCAGGUGUUUGGCGGGUGGACGUCCCUCGAAGGCCAAGAAGGUGAUGAGGUAUAA